GAAGUGGAACAUCUGAGGUUUUGCCCAGUACCAGUAGAGAGAUAUACUGAUAGAUUGAGAGAGAGAGAGAGCGAUGGAGACAGAGUUGGAGCCAAGGGUUAAACCCUUAUCUUACAAAAUCAAGGGCAUGUCUCGCGAAUCACCUUCUCAGAAGGCCACUCAUGUCCUCGACCCUGACCUUCGAAAUCACUGGUCCACUGCUACCAAUACCAAAGAAUGGAUCUUGCUUGAACUUGAUGAACCAUGCUUGCUAUCACAUAUAAGGAUUUAUAAUAAGUCAGUUUUGGAAUGGGAAAUUGCAGUUGGCUUGCGUUACAAGCCAGAGACAUUUGUAAAAGUUCGUCCACGUUGUGAAGCACCUAGGCGUGACAUGACGUACCCCAUGAACUACACUCCAUGCCGCUAUGUGCGAAUAUCUUGUUUGCGGGGGAAUCCAAUUGCUGUUUUCUUCAUUCAGUUGAUUGGGGUUUCAGUUGCUGGUCUUGAACCUGAGUUUCAACCAGUUGUUAAUCACUUGUUGCCGCAAAUAAUAUCACACAAACAAGAUGCUCAUGACCUGCAUCUCCAGUUGCUUCAAGACAUGACUAACCGGUUGGUUGCAUUCCUUCCCCAACUUGAGGCAGAUCUUAGCAGCUUUUCGGAUGCUCCAGAGCUCAAUCUGCGUUUCCUUGCCAUGCUUGCCGGCCCUUUUUAUCCGAUUCUUCAUAUUGUGAAUGAAAGAGAAACCUCCAGGUUGGCUGGAAAUAUUUCGGACAGUGAAGCUUCAAAGAAUAGUCAAUCAUCAUCAGCUUUGACUGUUUCAUCUAAUUUUGAGCCAAGGAGAUCACGCAGCACAUCACCCUUUUUCUUGCCCACAGCAAGUUCCAUAGUGUUCCGUCCUGAUGUAAUCUUUAUGUUGCUGAGGAAGGCUUACAGAGAUGCUCAUCUGGGAACUUUUUGCAGAUUGGCUUCUAGAAUUCUGCUGAAGCUUAUAGAACCCCUUAAAUUGCAACAAUCAUCUAUUCCUUCAUCAGACACCACAUCUUCUCCUGAUGAAGCAUCGAACUCUGAAUUAUCUAAUCCUCCUGUUUUAGUUGAUUACUCAAACUUGUUUGGGGAUGAAUUCCGGAUACCUGAGGAUCAUUGGGAUGCCAACUAUCUCAGCGUCUUAGAUGUUGGGGCAGUGGAAGAAGGGAUAUUACAUGUUCUUUAUGCUUGUGCAUCGCAGCCUUUGCUCUGUAGCAAGUUGGCAGAUAGCAUGUCUGACUUCUGGUCUGCAUUACCACUUGUACAAGCAUUAUUGCCAGCUCUUCGUCCUAAUGUCAGUGGUCCGGAUCAUGUUGAUGAUAAUUUCUCAAUAUGGAAGCAGCCUUUUGUGCAACAUGCUCUGUCUCAGAUUGUGGCAACAUCUUCUUCACCGGUAUACAGACCACUGCUUCAUGUUUGUGCUGGCUACUUAUCAUCAUUUUCUCCGUCACAUGCUAAGGCUGCAUGUGUUCUCAUUGAUCUGUGCUCAGGUGUGCUGGCACCAUGGAUGGCUCAAGUGAUUGCAAAGGUGGACUUAACUCUGGAGCUUCUGGAGGACCUUUUAGGUGUAAUCCAGGGUGCUCGCCGUUCCUCAUAUCGUGCUCGUGCUGCCCUUAAAUACAUUAUAUUGGCUCUAUCUGGGCAUAUGGAUGAUAUAAUGUCAAAAUAUAAGGAUGCCAAGCACCGAAUUCUCUUUCUUCUGGAGAUGCUAGAGCCUUUUCUUGAUCCUGCCAUAACACCAAUAAAGAGCACGAUUGCCUUUGGAAACGUGUCUUCAGUUUUUCAGGAAAAGCAGGAACACAACUGUGCAAUUGCACUUAAUGUAAUCCACACAGCAGUAAGAAAGCCUGCUGUUUUACCAUCCUUGGAAUCUGAGUGGAGGCGUGGUUCAGUGGCUCCUAGUGUACUUCUUUCAAUAUUGGAACCUCACAUGCAGUUACCUCCUGAAAUUGACCACUGCAAGUAUUCCAUUUCUGAGCCUCUUGGGCAGGAAACAGUAAAUGUUUCACCUGUGUCUUCUGUGCCUCGCUUUGGAGGAGCCUCUUCAAAAUUUAAUAACCAAGAUGAAGCUGAUGGAAAGACUGAUGUUUCUGAUACCGGUGCAAAGAUGGAUAUUUUUGAAGAUAUCAGUUUUUUCUUUGCAUCAUCAGAAUUGAGGAGCAUGGCACUGACAUCUGUGUCUGGCAGUCCAGACAGAAAGAGCUUAGAUUCAAAACAUGGAAAUAUUAGCACAGAAGAGAAAUAUGUAGAGAAAACUAUCAAUAAUUUGGUUAACAAUAGGUUAGUAUUAGAUGCUGGUUGUGCUGCGGAGUACUAUAAUUUGCAUGCAGAUUACAUGCAACUUAUUAACUAUCGAGAUUGUGAGUUGCGGGCUUCUGAGUUUCGGCGUUUGGCUUUAGACUUGCACUCACGACAUGAUAUUACUCCUGAGGGUCAUGACGCUGCUAUAGAUGCUUUGCUUUUGGCAGCAGAGUGCUAUGUUAAUCCCUUCUUUAUGGUGUCUUGUAGAGAUGUUCCAAAGAUAGUCAACAGGAUGAACAAAGAUGCUGAAAAAAAUGAAUUUGCAGAUGUCAACAUUAUUUUGAAAAAGAAUGAUAAUGACUUGGAAACAGUAGCUCAUCUUGAAAGGAGAAGGGACAAAGUUGUUCUUCAAAUUUUGCUUGAGGCUGCUGAAUUGGACAGGACUUAUCAGAAAACUAUGUCAGAUGGGAAAUCAAGUCUCUUCUAUGCUGAAGAGAAUGAAGAGGUCUUAAGUUUAUGUCAGCAUGAUAUUGUAUCAGCAGAUGCUAUCACCUUAGUUCGACAGAAUCAAGCACUGUUGUGCAAUUUUCUGAUUCAGUGUUUGCAAAAGGAGCAACAUUCCAUGCAUGAAAUUCUUAUGCAAAGUCUUUUGUUCUUGUUGCAGUCAGCAACUAAACUGUUCUGCUCUCCUGAAGACGUAAUCAAUAUCAUAUUAGGAUACGCUGAGCACUUUAAUGGGCUGCUUACAACUUUUUAUCAUCAGUUCAAGGAAGGGAAUUUGCAGUUGGAUUCAGGAAAGGUACAUGAGGUGCAACGUCGGUGGAUGCUUCUUCAAAGGCUAGUAAUAGCUUCAAGUGGUGGUGAUGAGGGUCCUGACUUUUCAAUUAAUAUAAAUAAUGGUUUUCGGUUUGCAAAUUUGAUUCCCUCUGCAGCCUGGAUGCAGAAAAUAUUUACAUUCUCUUCUUCUACUUCCCCUCUAGUUCGGUUUCUAGGUUGGAUGGCUGUAUCUCGUAAUGCUAAACAGUAUCUGAAAGAGCGGCUAUUCCUAGCAUCAGAUCUGUCACAGCUGACAUAUUUACUAUCUAUAUUUUCUGAUGAGCUUGCUCUAGUAGAUAACAUUGUCGAAGAGAGAGAUGAGAACACAAAGAUUGAACAAGCGGUAGUCAAAGAAGCCAAAAAUGUUGAAAAAGGUUUUGAACUUCCUGGUCAACAGUAUGCAGACCAAUCUUUUCGAGCCAUGUACCCUGAUAUAAGUCAGUUCUUUCCAAGUAUGAGAAAACAAUUUGAAGUUUUUGGAGAAACUAUCUUGGAGGCCGUAAGAUUGCAAUUGAGAUCACUUUCUUCUGGUGUUGUGCCGGAUUUGUUGUGUUGGUUUUCCGAUUUAUGUUCAUGGCCAUUUUCUUGGAAGGAGAAGGAUCAUCUUGUGAUCAAGAAUAAUGCUGAUUACUAUAAAGGUUUUGUUGCAAAGAAUGCCAAAGUAAUCAUCCUAUACACACUUGAAGCCAUUGUGAUUGAGCACAUGGAAGCUAUGGUGCCUGAAAUAUCGAGAGUGGUACAAGUGCUUGUAUCCCUAUCUAGAACCUCAUACUGUGACGUGUCAUUCCUGGACUCUAUAUUGCGUUUGUUAAACCCAAUCAUCUCAUAUUCUCUACAUAAGGUGUCUGAUGAGGAAAAAUUAUUGAUUGAUGAUUCGUGUCUGAAUUUUGAGUCUUUGUGCUUUGAUGAGCUUUUUGCUAAUAUUAGACACAAUAAUGAGAAUGGAGGUACUCCAUCUGAAAAAGUAUACAGCAGGGCACUGACAAUUUUUAUUUUAGCUUCUGUUUUUCCUGAUUUGUCGUUCCAGCGUAAGAGGGAAAUUUUACAGUCUUUAAUGGCAUGGGCUGAUUUUGCUACUUCUGAGCCAACAACUUAUUUUCAUGAUUACCUUUGUGCAUUUCAGACUGUUAUGGAAAGCUGCAAAAUUUUGUUAGUUGAGACUUCAAGAGUCCAUGGUGUUAUCCCACUUAAUAUGCCUAUGCGUUCUGAUGUAAGCACUGGUGUUCUCUCUGAUAAUAGCUCAGAAUCACAUUCUACGUUUCUCGAUGAGAUCUGCCAGGGCGCUUGUGCAACUCAGGUGACUGAGAAACCAGAAGGUAACAGCUUUGAUGGUGUAAUCUCACGUCAAAAGGUUUGUCAUUUAUCUGUUGAAGAAGUAGAGGAUUUCUCAAAAGAUUUGGAGGGGCUUGUUUCCAAACUUAAUCCAACUAUUGAGCUCUGUUGGAAGAUUCAUCAUAAAUUGGCAAAGAAGCUAACACUAACAUCAGCUGAGUGUUUUAUUUACUCAAGAUGCUUAUCUUCAAUUGCGCAAAAAGCUUCCAUUUCUGCUCGGAUUGAGGAUGAGAGUAUCCUUCCAUCUAAAUCAGCUGACCAGUCCACAGAUCAUUGGAGGGUUGCUCUGGAAGGACUUUCUGAGAUGAUUAUGGUAUUGCAAGAAACCCAUUGCUGGGAAGUUACAUCUGUGAUGCUUGAUUGUCUACUCAGAGUCCCUCAAAGUUUUUGUCUGGAUAGUGUGAUUGGUACAAUAUGUACUGCAAUAAAGAAUUUUUCAUGUAGUGGACCGACAAUUGCUUGGCGUAUGCAGACUGAUAAGUGGUUGUCAUUUUUAUUUGCAAGAGGCAUCCACAGCUUUCAUGAUGGUGAAAUUCCUUUGAUCAAUCUGCUCUGUGCAAUGCUUGGUCAUCCAGACCAGAAGGCAACGCUUCUGUUUCCUACAGCCUUGGGGACGACUUGUAGGCAGGAUGGGUACAGUGGAAAAGCAUUACUGUCAUCAAUGUGUCGUGAUAACCUUUUAGUUAUCUCUGUUUCUGAACCAAUUUUGAAAUCUCUGGUUUCAAGUACAUGGGAUCAGGUGGCUUUGGUGGCAUCAUCUGACACCUCAUUACUUUUGAGAACUCGUGCAAUGGCACUUCUGGUUGACUAUGUUCCAUUUUCUCAGAGGCACCAGUUACAAUCUCUUCUUGCAUCAGCUGAUACCAUUCUUUAUGGUUUGGGAAAAUUUGCACACUCAACAUGUGAAGGCCCAUUGGUACAACUUUCGUUAGCACUCCUUGCCAGUGUUUGUCUGCAGGAUGCUUCUUCAAAGGCUAUUCUUUGA